CUGUUACGCUCUCUAAUCUCAUUAUAUGCAUUCAGCAGGGACUUGCUAACAUGCUCAAAACACUUAGCUGAGUCUUCAUUCAUAGCAUGCAAAAGACACAAGUUUCAAGUUUCCUUUCUGCAAGUCUACUGUUGAGAAAGUCAAAAGAGGAAUCUAACAUUGUGCACUCUCUCCUGCAGAUCAGCCGCAAACUUUAAGUCCUGCACAAGGGAGGAGAGGAAAACAGCUUUCCCACAGAGCCCAUCCUCAUUCUCUGUGUGCUGCAAACCCUCUUCCCAAAACAGUUUUGUUUUGGUGGCCUGCUGUGAUCUGAACAAUGAGCUGCUCCUGCAAAAAAAAGGUCAUGUGUUGAUGAAAAAGGAGAACUGCUCUGAAGGAAUUCAAGCCUCGCUGCAUUUCACUCAAAGUGAGUAUGAAGGCUGGACACAUCUUCUAGCAUUAGACUUCUGGAUCGAACCACCAACAGUCCUUCGUCAGAAUGUCUCAUCUCAGCUCUGUCCUCGUCCUGGUCUUCACCGCCGGCUGGUGCUUCAUGUGUGCGGCCGACGUUGGGGAUUUCUCUCCGUGUCUGCCGGUCUUCUAUAAGUCUUGGCCCCCUAAAGGUCUGGUUGGGACCCCGAUCUGCCAACGGUAUUACAACCAGUACCGCUUCGCCACCUUGUACAGUCGACCACGUCGCUCUCCGUGGUUCUCGGCCUAUUUGUACUCGGCACCAGCAGGAAAGAGACCAACCGCAUCCUGGAAGUUUGAGCCUCAGCUCGCCUACCCAGGAGCCGCCGGCAACAUGAUCCCGUUCCCCCCGGGCCCUCUGGACCAGAACGUGGUGGACAGCCAGGCGGUGGAUCCGGACUACAUCAACUCCUCCUUCUCUCGCGGCCACUUGAACCCCAGCCUCCACCACCAGACCCACGAGGACCGCUCCUCCACCUUCACCCUCACCAACGUGGUCCCCCAGAAGGUGGGCUCCAACGACGGGCCCUGGGAGGCCCUGGAGCAGGAGGUCAACAAAACCCUGGCGGCCUACUGUCUCGGAGAAGCUCACGUGGUCACCGGCGUCAUCCCGUACCAGAGCGACGAGCGCUGGCUGGGUAACCAUCGCGUGGCCGUGCCCGAGUACCUCUGGUCGGCCUACUGCUGCCCGAACUACAACAACAGUCUGCCGAAGGAGCUGAGGGAUGCCUUCCCGACGCACGCCACCAUCGGCCGCAACGACCGCAACAGCACCGAGGAGAUCGUUCCUGUAAGCCAGACGGCUAAGAAGCAGUUCAGAGGAUACGAUGUGAGAAAAAUGCCGCUGGAGACAUUGGAGAUGUAUCUGAAGGAGCGGUUCGGUGCUGCUGUCAGCGUUUUUUAUGAGCAGUGCUCUGGAUCGGACUGAUCCUGAAGA